CUGCCUGCGACGCGCCUAAGCAUGCGGCUCAAGGGUAGCAAAGCCAGCAACAGCAAAUCGUUCCCGAGUGUCUACAAAGUCCUUUCGCGCCUAUGUCGUGUAGUGGACAAAGGCUCGCUUGAUGGCUUUAUGGCUGAGGGUGCUGUAGUACCAUUAAAAAGCGAAUUAAACACAAGCACCAUGGGGUUCGCUGAAUUUAUAAUGACUGGAAUUGAUAAUUCAAAAUCUAAAUCUGAAUAUGCAGCUGGCCAAUAUGCACCUAAGGUUUUGAGAAAUCUUAAUACCCAAAGACUUAAAAAUCAAUUCAGUGAUGUUGGUUUAGUUGUUGGGAACACAAUCAUUAGAGCACACAAGUCUGUUUUAGCAGCAAGCAGCGCUUAUUUUAAUGCCAUGUUUACUUGUGGAUUAGUGGAAGAACAACAAGAACUUGUUGAAAUCCAUACAGUAUCUGAGAAUAUUUUAUCAAGUCUGGUCGAUUUUAUUUAUACUGGAAAUGUGGAUAUUACUCAAGAUAAUGUUCAAGAGCUAUUUGCUGCUGCCGAUAUGUUGGAAUUGGACGAAGUAGUUUCUAGUUGUAUUUCGUACUUACAAGAGCAACUACACUUUUCCAAUGCUCUUGGAAUUUAUAGAUUUGCAGAAGCUCACAAUAGAAUGGACUUAUUGGAGACCGCUCUACGUUUUAUUGAAAUAAACUUUCCUCAAGUUGUGCAAGAAGAGGAAUUUUUAGAUCUUCCCAAAGAACAACUAGUCAAAUUCAUUAGUAGUGAAAAAAUUCAUAUUGAUACAGAAUUUCAGGUCUUCCAAGCCACCUACAACUGGAUAACUCAUGACAUACCAGCUAGACUUUGCUACGUAUUUGAAAUAUUUAGUCAUAUAAGGCUACGAUUGUGCUCUAUGGCUCGAUUAGAUCGGGUUAUAUACGAGUGCAGCGACGGUAGCUUGAUAGUGGCCUUGACCUCUAUUCAAAAAGACUUAUUGAAUAACAAAGGAUGCCUUGUACCAUUGCAAGCACAACCUCGUCUUUGCGCCAAAAAGAAUAUACUAGUUAUCGGAGGAUCCAAGCGUGAACAUUCUACAGAUGGAUGGGUCAGACCUGCUGAAAGUACCUAUCAAAUUGUCAACAAAUACGAUACUUACAAUGAUACCUGGAGUGAAGUAGCUCCAAUAAAAACUGGUCGAAUUUUACCUGGUGUAGCUCUGCUCGAUGGUAAAGUUUAUGUGAUUGGAGGCGAGUUGGAAUCUCAUAUUAUGUCUGAUGGCGAAUGUUAUGAUCCUCGAGACAAUGAAUGGACUUCAUCGAUUUGUAACAUGUUGGAAUCCAGAUGCGAAUUUGGUUUAUGUGCCUUCGAAAAUCAUCUUUACGCUUUUGGUGGAUGGGUUGGUGAAGAUAUAGGAGGAAACAUAGAAGUUUAUGAUCCUGUCACUAACACCUGGCACCAUCACGACAAACUGCCAGAGCCUAGAUUUAGCAUGGGGGUUGCCUCCUACGAAGGACUAAUCUAUAUUGUGGGUGGUUGCACUCAUGACAGCCGGCAUCGACAAGACGUGAUGAGUUAUGAUCCAUUGACAAAAGAAUGGUCAGCUUUAGCACCAAUGUUGACGCCUCGUUCACAAAUGGGCAUUGCAGUACUCGAUGGUUACAUGUAUGUUAUAGGCGGGACUAAUAAAAACCAAGAAGUAUUGACUUCUGUUGAAAGAUAUUCAUUUGCAGAGAAUACAUGGACUACAUUAGCUUCAUUAAACGUUGGUCGCUCUUAUCCAGCCGUAGCAGCAGCCAAUGGCUGCCUGUAUGUUAUUGGAGGUGAUCAACCUCAAGAAAUAAAUUUUUAUCGUACUCAAAUAACUGUGUCUACUGUUGAACGAUACGAUCCAAAUUUGUAUAUAUGGACUGAAGGCACUCCACUACCAACUAGUAGAGGUGAGGCUGCAGCUAUAGUCGCUCCGUUUUAAUUAGAUUUUUGAGUCUCUGAUAGUAGUAACGUUUCAUUGUUCAACUAAAAAUUAAUUUCCCUGUAAUCUAAUUAUGGGCGUGAUGAAUUUUUAUUUUUGCACCAUCAUCUAUUUAUAAAAUGUUUAUAAUUUUUAUGUCGCUUAUAAUCUUCAGAGAUGGACAUAGUAAAUAUCUAUUUCUAUAAGAUUGUUGAAAUUAAAUAAUUUUGAUCAUAUACAACAUUGAAUACAUCGAAAUGCGUAUAUAAUAAAUAUUUAUAGCAUCGCUGGUUUUAGAAAUUUUUAAUGAUAUUUAUGAGAUGAAAUAUGUCUAUAUUUCAAUGAAUAUAUAAGCACAAAAGAUUGUUUUUUAUUUCAUGUAAUAUUUUUAAGUAAAACGUGUACAGAUUUAAAAUUUAAGAACUCUAUUU